AUGUCUACUGCCACGGAAUUCUUUGGUCCGCUUACCACGACUUACACUCCUCCACCCUUUUGCACCACAGCAACAACCGAUCACCUCAUCUACGCCAUUGAGAACGUCACAGGCCCCUACCAUGGCUCCCUAAGAUGUGAGCAGGAUUCACUAGGAGUUUGUAUACCCGACGGUUCCUCAAAUGAUAUUCUGCUUAGCAAGCGUGUCAGUUCGUGGGAAUGGAGCUCGUUCAACAAUCAUUCCCCGGGUAUACACUGCGUAAAAAGCUGGACUGCUACCGCUGGACUUGCCCAUGGAAAUGAAACAAACUCUCAGAUGAGGAGUGGCACCUUCACCAAUACUCGGGCGUCAAGCAGCACACUCUCUAGUCCACAGAUCCUACAGCCAGACGAAAUUUGGUUCUCUCUAUUGGAAUCAUCCGAGACACUCGCUUUUUGUUAUCAAAGCGGAUGGGAUGGCAUUGAAUCGGGAUUUUGCGCAACUUUUAAUGAACAUUUCUCUUCAUCCAACCACACUGGAAUAUGUGUCCGAGAAUACGACCCGCCACACAGUGUGAAAGGAGAGCCUGUGUCAGGCAGCGCUGGAGUUCUCUCUGCAGCUCCCUAG